ACGUGGGCCCUCCCGGUUCCGGCGCGGUAGAGGCCGGGGGUGGCGAACAGUCUCCGGCACCAUGUCUGGUUUGUCUGGCCCACAAGCCCGGCGUGGCCCUUGUCAGUUAGCGCUGCUGCUUUUACUCCUGGCUGGUCCCAGCUCGGUCUUCGCCAUCUCCUUCCAUCUUCCGCUUAACUCCCGCAAGUGCCUCCGCGAAGAGAUCCAUAAGGACCUGCUGGUGACGGGCGCAUACGAGAUCACCGACCAGUCUGGGGGCGCUGGCGGCCUGCGCACCCACCUCAAGAUAACAGAUUCGGCUGGCCAUAUUCUGUACUCCAAGGAGGAUGCAAGCAAGGGGAAAUUUGCCUUUACCACUGAAGAUUAUGACAUGUUCGAAGUGUGUUUUGAGAGUAAGGGAACAGGGCGGUUACCUGACCAACUCGUGAUCCUAGACAUGAAGCAUGGAGUGGAGGCGAAAAAUUACGAAGAGAUUGCAAAAGUUGAGAAGCUCAAACCUUUAGAGGUGGAGCUACGGCGCCUAGAAGACCUUUCCGAAUCUAUCGUGAAUGAUUUUGCCUACAUGAAGAAGCGAGAGGAAGAGAUGCGUGAUACCAAUGAGUCUACAAAUACUCGGGUCCUGUACUUCAGCAUCUUUUCAAUGUUCUGCCUCAUUGGACUAGCCACUUGGCAGGUCUUCUACCUGCGUCGCUUCUUCAAGGCCAAGAAAUUAAUUGAGUAACCAGGCCCACUCUCCUCCCACCUAAUAUCUCAGCCAGCAGAACAUCACUGGGACGUGCCGGCGGAAGGCAUCCUACCAACAGCACCAUCAAGGCACGCUGGAACUUUCUUUCCAGAACUGAUCUCUCUUGGUGUGGGAGGACAUGGGUCACCGCCCACACCCAGCAAGUCAGUGAGGGACUUCUUUUUAACUUGAUAGGAUUUGGACUGGUUUUGCAACAGUAGGACUAUUAUUAGAGUCACCUAUGACAAAAAAUAGGGGUUACCUAGAUAAUGCCAAAGCCAGUUGGGUUUCCUCGUGUGAUCUCUUCGAACCAUGGUUUUCUUUUCCUCUCACACUUGCUCACCAGCUUGGGCUUCCACUUUAGUUCCUUUACCAGGAUUUGUAUGACCAUGUGGAACUCAUUUCAUUCUGAUUGUCCUCUUUGGAUUUCCGUCUGAAAACACCCUUAACUUUAUCUUAACCCUUAGCUGAAGUGUUUAGGUAGCUUCUGGUGAUAUCCUUUCAUAAUUUUAUCUUUUCAAAUUUUAUGUCUCUUAAAAGGGUGAUGGAUUUGACACCUCAUAGAAAUGAGCUUUGAACUGUAGAUAACUCUUAAAGAAAAUUUCCUUUUAGAGAAUUAAAAUAUUUGUGCUCAACUGCUUGAACUUUUUUCGUGUAUUUAGUUCUAUGUAACUUUAUUACAUGCGUAGAUUUGUGUGACCACCACCUGAAGAUGCAGAACAGUUCCAUCACAGGGAUCCCUUGUCUACCCUUUUAUAGCCACAGCCACUUCCCUUCCUUCCCCCCAGAGCCCCAACCUCUGGCAACCACUAAUCUGUUCUCCAUUUCUCUUAAUUUUGUCAUUUCAAGAAUGUUAUAUAAAAAGAAUCAUACAGUAUGUAACCUUUUGAGAUUGACUUUUUUCACUUAGCGUAAUUCCCUUGAAAUCCAUCCAAGUUGUUGCAUGUAUCAAUAGUUUGUUCCUUUUUAUUGCUCAGUAGUAUUUCAUGGUAUGGAUAUAUCGCAGUAUAACUAUUCACCCAUUGAAGAACAUUGGAGUUGUUUUCAGUUUUUGGCCUUUAUUAAUAAAGCUGCUGUGAACAUACAUGUACAGGUUUUUAUGUGAAUAUAAAUUUUCAUUUCUCUGAGAUAAAUGCCCAAGAGGGCAAUUGCUGGGUUGUAUGGUAAGAGCACGUUUAUUUUUGUAAGAACCGCUCUAUUCUUUUUCCAGAGUGAGUGUGCUAUUUAUGUUUCUACCAGCAAUGGAUGACCAAUCCAGUUUCUCCACAUCCUCACCUGUAUUUGCGGUAUUAUUUUUUAUUUUAGUCAUUCAGAUCGAUGUAUGUAACGAUACCUCAUUAUGGUUUUAAUUUGCAUUUUCCUAAUGACUAAUGUUGAACAUCUUUUCAUGGGCUUAUUUGCCAUCUUUGUAUCUUCCUCAGUGAAAUAUCUGUUCGUGUCCUUUGCCCAUUUUCUAAUUAGAUGAUUCUUUUUACUAAUGACUUUUGAGAGUUCCUUAUUUAUCUUAGAUAUAUCUAAGUCCUUUGUCAGAUAUGUGCUUGCUUGAAUUUUUAACAUAACUUCUACCAAGGAAAAAAGUAGUAAAAUUUACCAAGUCUUCUUACAUGGCCAGUCACUGACUUAAUUCCUAUUCUUAUGUGUCCCCCUAAGACAUAUGAGGUAUAAAAAAAAUAACGCAUCUGGGAUCAUGAAUAAAUACUUGAGAAUACAUGUUGUGAAAGCAAAGCCAAGAAUCACUGUGAGAAUAUGAGGUGCCUAAAGGCCAAUACUAAUGUAAAUAAGAACGUGGAUACAAAUGACCAUGUUUGUAAACAAUUAUGAAAAAUAUUAUGAAUAUUUCCCCACUUCUCUCAGGAAAGGAGGUGGGAGUUUGUCCUUUCUGUAAUCUCUUUUUUAGCCCUGCUGACUGUUACAGGGUUUGUCCAAUCGCAGUGGCAAUUACAGGACUUAGGGCCAUGCAGCUUGUGGUUAAGAAGCAGCAUCCUGGAACUAACAGAGCACACUGCUGUGGUGACCUGGAUAGAAGUACAAAGGUGGAGGAGGAAGUGAGUUAUGUUGUUAGAAUCUCAGGCUGUUCUGUUAAUGUUCCAGCUACUGUGAACCCAAAAGCCCUUUUUCUUUCUUCUCCCUUUGACUCCCUGUAUGAAUUUCUGGUGUGGCAUUGAAAGUGGUUCUUUCAUUAAUUUGGGCAACAUUGCCAUCUGCUGGUAAGAAUUGAUUGGUACUGCUUCUGAGAACCUGACAGCUGAAACCUUGCAAAAGAGCAGCAGAUGUUGUGAAAGUCUCUCUGUGGUAUUACAAAUACUCAACAACAAAGGAUGCCUCCAAGUAGGGAAGAAAAUGACCAAAUUUGUGGAUUAAGAUCCAACCUUAGACGUUUAAAGGUGAAAUUCUGUAUUAUUAGCCUAAGAAGAUACUGUUUCAUAAUUCUGACUGGUGCCUUUCCCCUUUUUAGAAGCAAUGAAAGCUAUUCAGUAGAUUAUAGUACUCUGUUCUGACAAAAUGUCAAAGAAGAUAAAAGAGGGGAAUAUUUUAUUUUGCUGAUAUUUUUGUUCCCAAAUGUGACAGUGAAAGUGAAAUUCUUUCAUGUCCUUUCCUUUUACUCAUGCCAAAACUACCAACUUGGACUUCUGUGCUUUUGGUUUAAAGUUCAUUAGUAUUACACCUUGAUUUUAUCUAAAAGUAAAAUUACUUGCCUUCGAUAAAAGGCUAGUGCAAGGGCAAAUCAGUUUUAAAAAUGAGGAUGUUACCUCGUUUCCUCUGUUUUUGAGCCUAUUAUUCAACAUGGUCUGUGUAAUACAGGUGAGAAUGAAGCAGUUUAAGUAAUAUUUGUUAUACCAUUGUCAUAAACGCUGUCAUAAGCAAUUUUUCUGUUUGUUUAAUGGAAAGAGGCAUGUGGCAUUUAUACAGAUUCACUUGUAAGAGUUGGAUGGGGACUUUUGUGUAAAUUUUCUCAAAUAAAGGCUAGCAGAAACCA